AUGAAAUGUGUAUUCGUGUAGCGUGUCGGCCUGUGUACAGCGCUAAAAAUCAGGAUUCAAAAAUAACUGUGAAAUUCUUUAAAGAAUAAUUUAAAAAAUAUCUCUCUCAUCCUAAUCUUCUCACCGCUCAUCCUAAAUAUCUCUCUUCAUUCUUAUUCCAAUGCAUGGCGUUUAAUUCCUGGAAAUAUCCCACCGUCACAUUUUUUUUUCUUGUCCAAGCCGUGCGACCUCCCUUCUAUCCUGUACACGCACGUCUCUUGAAGGAAAAAAAAUCUCCAUCAGCGCUCCACAUCGCCAACCAUGGUCCCGACGCUGGAUUCCCUGCGUGCUCCCUGCAAGCUCCGUGCGCACGCCUGCUCCUAUGCCGCGCGUUCCUCCAGCUCCAGCUCGUUGAAUCCCCUGCGCUCGCCCAUGGUGCCCAGCCCCUGUUCCUCGCUUCUCCUUGUUCCUGCUGCGGCCGCCGUGUGGGAAAUGCAGCUGGCGGCGGUGCAGGCUGACGCCGAGGUGAUGCUGCCGAGCAGCUCCAUCGCGACGUUCCUCUCCCUGGUGCUUUUCUGCGCCGCGGGCUCGCCGGCGCUCCUCCCUGUGCCCCGUCGUGUUCGCGCGGACCUCUGCUCCUCCAUGCGUCGCGCCCAGCCGUUCCUCCUCCUUGCUCGCCCUGCUCUCUGUCCGGCCAUGGAGAUCGCUCCUGGCUCGGAUCCGGCGCUCGGCUCCUUGUUCUCCCUUCCCAUGGCCGGCUUGGGGAUCUUGCUCGCGAGUUCCUGGUCGGAUUCCCUGCGUCCUCUCCAUCCCCCAGUUCCAGCUCGCGACGCUCUCUGUCUGCUUGCCAUGGCCGUUGUGCGCCGCGCGCGCUGCUCCCUGGUGCUCGCUGCGCUCCUCUGCCGGCUUCUCCUGUGCGCGCCCUCUUGGAUCGCUCAGCCCUCUCCCCGUCGCGCCGGGUUAUGUCCCUGAUGCGCGCGUCAUCUGUCUGUGACGUGCCACUGCUCCUGAUCUGCGCCGCUCCCUAGACGACCUCGCGCUCGUCUUUAAUGUCGUGGUCGCGCCCAGGUUCUUUGGCCCGUUCUAGGUGCAACGACCUCUCCUACGGGGCAUCUCGUCGCCUAACCAUCAGCCUUGGUGUCCAUUCCACUCUCCAGCAAACCUAUGGCGGUAGAUAAGAGACCUCGGAAGUUUGUUAGAUGAAGAAAAGAGAAAUAAAAUUCGUGCAGCGCCCAUCUGGUGUUCGGCAAAAUGGUUGAACUGACAUCGUUGACGUUUCUGCGAACUCAAAGACAAUCUGCUCUUGUAUCUGUCAAGCGCUCGACAAAUUGUCUGGAUCAGAAAAUCAUUACCGAUCUCGCGGAUUUGAGUCAUCUGUUGGAAUGGUAAGCUAAUUUGCGAUUUUAUCGACUGGUUU